AUGCCAGUCGCCGUUGCAGAGAGACAACCGCUCAUCACCGAUGUCAGGCCUACCAAACUGCAAAGGCUGCGCCAGAGCGAUGCAAAGGCCACCGCGCAAGCGCAAGCUCGAGUCCUGGCACCGGCAUCGGUAGCAGCCGCUGAAGACGUCGACACCGACAUCGACGUCGCAUUCCAGCAAUGCUUGGAUUCCAAAGUGCACAUUGGCACGGUGAUGGGAAAAUCAAUGUCGACCACGACCACGACCACGACCACGCUGCCCUCGCAAUACAUCGCCUCUUCUGUGAUCAGCCAACUUCCUGCGAGCGCGUACUUGCUCGUCACCGACACAAACGUAGCGAAGCUGCAUCUCUCCACGCUCGAAGCGGCUUUCCGCAGCACGCUGACUGCGACCGCUUCGGGCAGUGCGCAUCCGCACCCGCACGCCAAAUUGCUCUCCUACGUCAUGCCAAGCGGCGAGGCGACCAAGACGCGCAAGACAAAGGAGGAUCUGGAAGACUGGAUGUUGGCCUCUGGCUUGACGCGCGAUACAGUCAUCGUCGCCAUCGGCGGCGGUGUGGUGGGUGAUCUAGUCGGCUUCGUAGCUGCGACGUUUAUGCGCUCGGUCCAUCUGUGCCACGUGCCCACCACGCUGCUCGCAAUGGUCGAUAGUUCCAUCGGGGGCAAGGUGGCGGUGGAUACGCCGCUGGGAAAGAAUAUGAUCGGCGCAUUUCACCCCGCCAAGCACAUUUACGUCUUUCCACAAUUCCUCGCUACAUUGCCUGCCCGCGAGAUCGCCAACGGUAUGGCAGAGGUCAUCAAAACUGCCGCCAUUCGCGAUGCCGACCUAUUCCACGAGAUCGCCGCAUCCGCGUCCGAUGUCUGGCAAGCCUUUGACGAUAUGCGCAUUGCAGACAGCAACAACUCGAACUCGAGCGCCGACGAGACUGACAUCACGCGACGAGCGCAGCUGCUGCGACGCUUCGUCGCAUCCUCGAUCCACAUCAAAUCCUCCAUCGUCAAUGCCGAUCCGCACGAAACGACGGGACUGCGCAAUCUCGUCAACUUUGGACACUCGAUCGGUCACGCUCUCGAGAGCCUACUGCUGCCCGAGGCGCUUCACGGCGAGGCCAUCGCUGUGGGCAUGAUGCUCGAAGCGCGCAUCGCUGUGGCUCAAAAUCAUCUCUCCAUCAGCGAAUUGGGCGCCUUGUCGAGCUGCCUCAAAGCGUACAGGUUGCCAGUCUCCAUCUCAGACUUUGCACAUCACGCCAACGCCGGCAAGCUCUCCAUCAGCAAAUUAUUGGAACGCAUGUCCAUCGACAAGAAGAACGCUGGUUCCAUCAAGAAGCUCGUUCUGCUCAACUCUCUCGGCACCACGCUGGAGCAGCGCGCUUCGAGCGUCUCGGAUGCAGACAUUGCCUCUGCCAUGUCGUCUGCUGCUUUGGUGCAGCCCGCCGCACCCGCUCCUCGAGCUGCCGUGCAGAUCGUCCCGCCCGGCAGCAAGAGCAUCUCCAAUCGCGUACUGCUGCUCGCCGCCCUUUCCACCUCGACGCACGGAUGCCGCAUCAGGAACCUGCUGCACUCGGAUGAUACGCGCGUCAUGAUCGACUCGUUGCGCUCGCUUCGCGCUGCCGACAUCGAAAUCGACACCGAUGGCGUUCACGUGCACGGCCACGGAGGUCUCCUUUCAGCCCCCGACAAGGAACUCUACGUGCAGAACGCUGGCACGGCUGCUCGUUUCCUGACAGCCGCUUGUCUCCUUGCAGCACCCACCGCCUCAGCCUCGUCCACCACCCUCACAGGCAACGAGCGCAUGCAGAAGCGUCCCAUCGGCGAUCUCGUCACAGCAUUGAACGCAGCAGGAUCGGGAAUCACGUCCAAGGUCGCCGGUCACCUACCCCUCGACAUUCCCGCUCGCGGCUUCUUUCCCACAGGCACCGACGGACACAUCAGCUUGUCAGCCGAGACCAGCUCUCAGUACGUGUCAGCCGUGCUGAUGUGUGCCCCGCUCGCCGCUCCUAGUUCGGCAGGUCAACAAUUCGUGACGCUGGAACUCGUCGGCGAUCACGUCAUUUCGCAGUCGUACAUCGACCUCACCAUCGCCCUCAUGGCGGACUUUGGCAUCCACGUGCAACGUGCCCGCACCACCUCCGGAGAGCUUCAGCAUCUCUACCGCAUUCCGCUUGGCGCGUACCACGCACCCGCAGAGUAUGCCGUCGAGAGCGAUGCGAGCUCGGCGACGUACCCGCUCGCCCUAGCAGCGUUGCAGGGCACGGAAUGUGUCAUUCCAACUUUGGGCUCGAGCUCGGCACAAGGCGAUGCAGCCUUCGCCAUGCUCUUGCGCGACAUGGGAUGCACCGUGGAGCAGACCAGCAACGCUACACUCGUUCGAGGCCCGCCAGGUGCUCCCGCAUCGCUCCGACAACUCGGCACGGUGGACAUGGAGCCUCUGACCGAUGCUUUCCUCACCGCUGCGGUACUUUUCGCGUGCGCAACCACGCCUGGCGUGACUGGACAGACCAGCACGCGCAUCACCGGCAUCUCCAAUCAGCGAGUCAAGGAAUGCAACAGGAUCCAGGCGAUGAUGGACGAAUUGGCUCGAUUUGGAGUCAAGACGGUGGAGCAUGAGGAUGGUCUCGAGAUUUAUCCUAGCUCGCUGGAGCAAAAAGCCACCUACGCCUCGGGUCAAAUCCCUUCCAUUCACUGCUACGACGACCAUCGCGUGGCCAUGGCUCUGAGCCUGCUUGGGGCUGUGUCGCCCACGGGAUGUAUCCUAGAGGAUCGUCACUGCACUGCCAAGACAUGGCCAACGUGGUUCGACAAUCUGCGCGACACGCUGGGAGCUCAGGUUGGUGCGACCGACGAUGUCCUUGUGCCGUCGCGCGGUACUCCCGAUAAAGCGGUUCCCGAUCAAGCGGCGCCGAUCAUCAGUCGCGCCGUGGCAAGUCUCGCCGACUCAAAACCCACCAUUGUGUUGAUUGGCAUGCGCGGAUCGGGCAAGACGCAUAUUGGCCGGAUCGCUGCCAUGGAACUGGGGCGCACUCUGGUCGACGCCGACGAGCAAUUCGAGUUGCGAUACGGCGACCUUUCCACCUUUGUACAGCAGCGCGGUUGGCCGGCUUUCCGUCGGGCCGAGCUAGAGCUUCUGCGCUCCCUUUUGAUCGAGCACGCCGACAAUGCCGUUCUUUCUUUGGGUGGCGGCAUCGUCGAGACACCCGAGGCUCGUACCCUGUUGCAAGAAUAUGGAGCGAACAUGGGCCCAGUCGUCUGGAUCAGAAGGCAUUUGUUCAACCUUCUCAACUUCCUCGAGACUGCCGGCCGCCCUGCUUAUGGCGAAGCGGCAGAGGAAGUCUUUCGCCGACGUGAGCCUCACUUUGCUGCCUGCUCCACGUACGAGUUCAGCAACCCAAUCGACGUGCCAAACAGCGCCUUGCCGCUCGCGGAUCAAGUGUCCAACUUCUUUGGCAUCAUCACCGAGCAAAAGCCCCGACACGUUGGGCCUCUCAGCUUUGCAAGAAGGACGUACAUGCUGUCGUACAAUGCUCCGAGCGUCUCUACACACCUGUCCGAUCUGUGCGACCUCGCUGCAGGUGUAGACGCCGUUGAGCUACGCGUCGACUGCCUCUCAUCCACCUGCGUUGACAAUGUGGCGCGCGAGGUGGCGCUUUUGCGCAGCGUCAUCGAUCUUCCAAUCAUCUACACUGUCCGAAGCGUCGCGCAGGGCGGGCAUUAUCCCGAUGACGACUUGGCGGGAUACGUACGGCUGAUCUUGCUUGCGCUUCGCAGCGGCUGCGACUAUGUGGAUGUAGAGAUGCGUUUGGCGGAACAGCAGCUGUCAGAGCUCUUUGCGGCCAAAGGCUGUAGCCGUAUCAUCGCCUCCUGGCACGAUCCACGAGGCGAGCUACCGUGGGGCCACAGAGGCGAAGCUUCGCCCAUGAUGGAAAAGUAUCACCUUGGAUCAAAGUAUGGCGACGUCGUCAAGCUGAUUGGGCUGGCGAGGACGCUGAACGAUAACCACGCGCUCAAGGAGUUCAGAGAGGCGGUCCUAAAGCCUGGCAACAAGCCCCUACUAGCGGUCAACAUGUCGCCGGCCGGCCAGCUGAGUCGCAUCCUCAACCCCGUGCUCAAUCCCGUCACGCACCCCAAGCUCGGUCAAGCCGCACCCGGUCAGCUCAGCUAUGCUCAGAUCCAGACAGGUCUGCACUUGCUCGGCAUGAAUCCGGGCAAAAAGUUUCACAUCUUCGGCAAUCCCGUGAGCAAGAGCCUGAGCCCCGCUAUUCACAACGCAGUCUUCAAGCAGCUUGGCACAGCCCACGCGUAUGCUCGAUGCGAAUCGGUCCAGGCUACCGACGAGGCGGUGCUCAAUCGGCUGGCGGCAAAGGACUUUGGCGGAGCUAGUGUGACGAUCCCGCACAAGGUGUCCAUGAUGGCGCUGUGCCACUCCAUCAGCCCCGAAGCGGAGGCGAUCGGGGCCAUCAACACCAUCUUGCCCCGUCCUGCAGCGGCGCCGAAUGCAGCUGGCGGCGGGCUCUGCCUGUAUGGCGAGAACACCGACUGGCGCGCGAUAAGCUCUGCGGUACAAGGUCGCCUAUCGCCUGGCUCAUUCGACGCGCUCGUCCUAGGCGCAGGAGGCACAGCGCGCGGCGCCAUCUAUGCACUGCACCGUGCGGGUGCGAAGCGCAUCUUGCUGCACAAUCGUACACGAGCGACGGCCCGAAACGUGGUCGAUGCGUGCCCGCUGACGUGGAACGUGUUGUUCGUGGAGACGCUGCAGGAGGUGACGCAAUGCUAUGCGCCAAGAGUCGUCGUCUCUACAACGCCACCGGAAGGCAGCGCGCUGCCUCACGAAGAGGGCGUCGCACCGCCCGGCACCACUGUCCUUCCUGCGGACCUGCUCAAGCUGCGCGACACCACCUUGGAGCAGGGCGUCGCUAUCGACAUGGCCUACACUGGCGUGCGGUCAACGCUGCAAGAGCUUGUGCGCACUUCGGCAUGGGCGGAUCGUUGGACAUUCGUGUCCGGUCUAGACAUGCUGCUCGCCCAGGCAGAGCAUCAGUCGCGCUUGUUCACCGGAAGAGCCUCCAUUCCGAAGCGCGCUAUGCGACACGCGGCAGAGAAGGCGCUCCACGAGCAGCGCACGUCGCCAUCGCUGCGCCCGGCCGCUGAGCACAUCCCUUCGGCCUUUCGCCCCGAGCUGUUGCGACCUGCCGCUACUCAAGCGCCCGGUGCGACCACAGGCGCGCGCGUAGACAUUGCCGCACCACAUUAUCCCGAUUUCAGAAAGAUGGAUUUGCGAGCAAGCUCCAGCUCGCCCUCACCAUCGGUGCUCAAUCCCGCAACGACUUUUCGCCCAGAGCGGUUGCGGCCUGUUGCCACUCGAGCAGUCGGCACCGCCGCCUCCGCUGAGCCACGCGUGGACAUUGCCGCACCACAUUAUCCCGAUUUCAAAAAGAUGAAUCUACGAGCAAGCUCCAGCUCGCCCUCACCAUCGGUGCUGGAUCCCGUGACGACUUUCCGCCCAGAGCUAUUGCGGCCUGUGGCCACUGAAGCAGUCGGCACCGCCGCCUCCGCCGGGCAACGCGUGGACAUUGCUGCACCACAUUAUCCCGACUUUAGGCGAGUGAAGCCGCAAUCCAGCUCCAGCUCGAUGGAUGUGGACGCGAGCGCAGAUGCACCUGUGAGGAAGGUGUACACGCUGCGUCGAGAGUAG